AUGGGUCGAGCCCUAAAUCUAAGUACAUGGAUAGCAAUUUUUGAGGACGUUUUUCAGAGAAAGCAGGAGCAGUUGAUUGCAGACUUUUGCAAUGGCCAAUCUGGGCUGGUCUCCUUGAUGCCCGCCAAGAGCCAUGUCUCAUUAGCUGACAACUUUAAUGGAGGAUCAGGAGGAGCGCCGCAAAAAGGGCGCCGUCAAAGUUUCCCGACGUUAUUUCUCCGGACUCCUCCCCGAGUUGCUGCUCAGCUCCUCCUCCAGCGCUCGAAGGAGGAGCGGGCCUCGCCAGGGCACUCUGCGGAGAGGGAAGCUCACACCAUAAACCCUACCCCCCGAGACUAUCUCCCCUACCCAACCCCGACCACACCACUCCUGAAACACGAAGCUACCUUCCCCAGUCUUCCCCAAGAGCUCAUUUCAUACCCCACUUCCAAUAACCUGAAUACCCAUAAAGCCCGAUGUAAACUCCCAGAUGACACUAAGACUUCAACAAUCAGUACACAGUCAGACCGGCAAUUAUGCCUUGACACAAACUCUAAAGACGAGGCAAAAACACUUAAAUCAUACGCGACCAAACGCCAAGGAAAGAUAAAGGAAUUGAAUUGGCUUCAGGAGGAAACCGUCGGUGCGGUGGCGGCGGCGGGCGGCGUGGGAGCGCGGAGCCCGUGCCCCGUCAGCGAGUACACCUGCGACAACCUGCGAUGCGUGCCCAAGGACCGCGUGUGUAACGGAGGGACGACUGCCGACAACUCGGACGAGAAGCCGAACUGCACACCCUGCAAUGUGACCUACUACGGCGAGGUCGGACGCAGCUACGAAAUCGACCUCCGGGAGUCGGACAACCUCAAGAUCCCCUUUACGUGCGAGCUGACCUUCGUGGCUGCCGGGGACAUCUACGGUGACCUCGUGCAGAUCGUGUUCCGUGACCUCACCCUUGGCACGUUCAAGUCGCACCACGUGUGCGGCUGCCCCAAGGGCCACCUAAGCAUCGAAGAGCCUCACCGCGGCAAGAUCGGCGGCAACUGGUGCGGCGGAACCAACACGCACAACGUGUACUAUAGCGAGACCAACACCGUCACAGUCACCGUCUCCGUCAAUGAUCCUCCGGCCAAGAAGGAGACGCAUGGCGAGAAGAAGAUCAGGCUGCGCCUCUUCUACAAGUUCCUGCUGAGCGCCGAGUCCAUCGUCAGGUACGGGCCCUGGAACAGCGCCAAGUACCUGGGUGUCCACCGCCCCGACACAAUCUGCGACAGGGUGUUCGACUCGUGCGACCGACGCAAGUGCCGCGUGCAGUCACCCAACUACCCCGGACUCUACCCUCGAAAUCUGACCUGCCAGUACGUGAUUCGCCAGGCCACGGUGCCCCAUGGUCGCCAUGCCCUCGUCAGCGUGGGCCAGGCCGAGAGAGGACGCGUCCAUAUCAAGCACACCGACGCCUCCUGCGACGACAACCUGCAGCUGUGGCUUGACGAGGAGUGCGACGUCGUGGGCGACACUCUCAGCAUCUACGAGAUUCAGGGAGAGACACGCAGACUCCUCAUGAGGUUCUGCGGCGGCGGGAAGGUCCCCCACAUUACAGCCAGUGGGGCUGAGCUGCUUCUUGUCUUCCAGACUUCCCCUUUUGACAACAUGUACUUCGAUCCUUCUGUUAACACUCACCCUGGCUUCGAACUGGAUGUCGGCGUUGUCUUCGUGCCCAAAAAUUCCUUUCUGUAUGCAGACCAGAAGUGUGAGUUUGAAAUUUCGAGCUUCGAAGCUGCCCGUGGCCAUUUUGAGAAUGUUGCUCACUCACUGCCAAGUAACAGCAACUGCUCUUACAAGUUCCGCGGGCGCCCAGACGAGGUCGUCUGGCUGUACUUCACGCGCCUCAAGGGAGUUGACACUCAGCCGCCUUCCAUAGACGGCCCACCCUGCCGGACUCGUGUCACGUUGAUAGAAGGCGUCGAGGAAGAUGGCGAUGUGUUGGAGAACACCUGUGGGCCGAUGGGGGUACGAGUGUGCCACAGGGAGCAGCUUGGCCCUGGACGCAACAGGACAAGACCUUGUGGAAGCACUGAGAGCUAUCUGACAAAAGGUUCGCAUGUCACUCUCACCAUCCACUAUGUGUCACCGUCGACGGUCUCGAAUCUUCAAUUCCGGCUUCAUUAUGAAUUCGUGUAUGCAGGUCCUCGAGCAGCUGCCCUGAAUCGCCCUGAGCCCUGUGACAGACAAAUUAACAGUGAACGUAGCAAGAAAGGGCUGCUGACGUCACCGGCCAACAACCUCCUUUACGGAAAAUUCGGGGCCACAAGUCUCAAGUGCAAGUAUCACCUGCAAGGCAAACCCAAUGAAGCUGUUAGGAUUACCUUCAUAUACUUCUAUGCCCAUAACUCUUCGUGUCCGGGCCGGGACUCCCCCUUACAGGCGUGUGGACGUCCAAAGGCGCUGGAAGGUAGAGGUGCAAGGCUAGAGGUAUCAGAGUGGCCGUGGCCGGGUGUGGAGCUUCCCCAAGCCUGCAUCUGCAAUGGCCUGUACCUUCCUGCAACCCUACUGUCCUACUCCGCCUCUGUUACCAUCACCUUCACCGUCAUUGGUAUGGAUGUCUUCGAUGACUUUUCACAUUUCAACUUUGAACUGGAAUAUGAGUUUGUGGAAGUGGAAGCAUGUGAGGAAGACCGCAUUGUGACGGGGGAGGCAGGCACUCUAAGCCUAGCUCUGCGCCCUUCUCCAGGGCCAUGUCGUGGCCACCCCUGGCUCCUUCAACCGGCCUCAGAUCACUUCCUAUUGGUGUCAGUGCCAGGUCGUGCAAUCAGAGGUGGCUUGCAAGGUAUAGCUCAUGGGCGGCUGGUAGCUACAGAAGAUCCCAUGCCUCCCGCAGAGUGCCAGAGUUCUGAGCUACAUGUAUAUCAGCCAGGAAAUCCAAGGCCUCUAAGUGCCGUGUGUGUCUCCCCAGGCUCUGCAGAGACCGUGCAUGUUUUCUCGGAAGGGUUCAAUGAGCCCCUUUCCCUAGACUAUCUCGGAGAAGCUGCACGAUCCCUCGUCGUGGUCUUACUGAGCCGACCUGCAUACCUGUCAGGCCAGUCUUCACAGCAGCAACACAAAGCUGUGGAUGUACAGUGGGUGGAAGCAGCACCACGAUGGCUUGCAACUCGAUGUGCAACAGAAUGUCCUGCAGUACAUGCUUGCAUCAGUGCCUCACUCUUUUGUGAUGGCACAUGGCACUGUCCUUCGGGUGCCGACGAGGCUGUGGUGACGUGCCUUAUGGCCCUAUCACCUUGGCUCUGGCUAGCCUUCGGGCUAGCUGUCGGCUGCGUCUCCGUGCUCUCGAGCUGGUGGGGCUGGACUCUGUGGAAGUCCCGGCGCGGCCGCAGCUCCACCGGCUGCAGCGAGGAGGUUCUCACACCCGGCCACCACGAGUCGCCUCCGGAACCACCUGAAUACCCUGACUGCAUUGAUGUGGACUUCGAAACGACCGUCUGACAAUACGCGCCCCGUGGGGACGAUGCUCCCCCGGGGCUGGCUGCACUUCUUGGUCGUCUUGCUGCGCUCAUCAAUGGCUGGAAUUCCUCUCGCCAUGGCCAGUCUAAUGACGGUGGCCGACCGCGGCUUGCACACAAUGG